AUGUCAUACCAUUAUCUCUUUAAGUUUAUCAUAAUAGGUGAUACAGCUGUUGGAAAAUCAUGCAUAUUGUACUAAUUUUUGGAAUAGAAAUUUAGAGUGAAGCAUGAGAUGACUGUUGGAGUGGAAUUUGGAGCCAAAGUUCUGGAUUUGGAUGGCAAAUAAAUCAAACUAUAAAUUUGGGAUACUGCAGGUUAAGAAACCUUUAAAUCUAUCACGAGACAGUAUUAUAGAUCAGCUGCAGGAGCAAUUUUAGUAUAUGAUGUUACUAGAAGAGAAUCAUUCGAAAAUGUCAGAGAAUGGAUCAAAGAGUGUUAAGUCCAUGGAACAUAGGAUAUGGUGAUAGUGUUGGUUGGAAAUAAAGUUGAUUUAGAAAAAUAGUAUAAUAUACAUAAUAUAAAUGGCUAACUAGCGAAUGAAAAAAACCUAUUGUUUAUUGAAACAAGUGCAAAGGAUAAUUUAAACAUUAUUGAAACAUUCUCCUAAGCAGCAUCAUAAGUACUCAAAAUCGUUUAGAGAAAUCAAUAGAAGGGUGAACUACCAGGAGUCCGAGUAGGAUAAGCAAUUAACUAAACAUAACUUUAACAAUAGAGUUCGACUUCAAAUGGAUGUUGCUGA